CUUAUUUGGUACCAGCCUGGGUCAUGUGACCACAAAAUGGUGGAAGCUGUGAGCUGUUUGUAAACUGAGCAUCUCUACCAAGAGCCUUGGAGGAAUAGAAAGACAGCUGAAAUCCAUGCUCUGAGACAGAGAAGGACAGAGAUUCCUGUGCCCCAGUAGUGGUUCCCCUGGGUGAUGAAGGCAUGGACCUGGCGUCUCACAGUAAGAUGAGCUCAGAGGGGGCCGAGGGCAGACCAGGUGAACCUCAGACACUGGCAACUCUGUGUGUGAUGAUAGCCCCUCCCAACUCGCUUCCCCUGCAGGGCACGCCGGGUGGCCCCUCCCAAAGGAAGAAGCUCUCCGCCCCGCGUAUCAGCCUUUCACUUGACCAGAGUGAAGAGGAUGCCCUAGAGACGCCCGACGACCUGGAUAUUAACGUGGACGACCUGGACACACCUGACGACACAGACUAUCUGGACUACACCGACACUGAGCUGGACUGGGAGGAACCCCCGACAGCCAAUCGUAACGCGUCAAAAGAGCCGUGCGAGCCGAUUCCUACGUGCAGUGCAGCAGAGGAGCGUCAGGAUGCGAAGCUGUGGAGGGCCGUGAUCAUCGGAGAGCAGGAACACCGCAUCAACAUGAAGAUCAUCGAGCCCUACCAGAGAGUUGUAUCCCAUGGAGGUACAGGGUACUAUGGAAACGGAGUGAACGCCAUCAUAGUGUUUGCGGCGUGUUUCCUCCCGGACAGCGACAGUGAGGACUACCAUGAAGUCAUGGAGAACCUCUUCCUGUAUGUGAUCAGCACAUUGGAGCUGAUGGUGGCAGAGGACUAUAUGAUUGUCUAUCUGAAUGGAGCCACGCCCCACAGGAGGAUGCCUGGAAUGGGCUGGCUCAAGAAGUGCUACCAGAUGAUUGACAGGAGGCUCAGGAAGAAUUUGAAAUCCUUCAUCAUUGUCCACCCGUCCUGGUUUAUACGGACCAUCCUAGCCAUCACCAGGCCCUUCAUCAGCACCAAGUUCAGCAAUAAGAUAAAGUACGUGAACAGCCUGGCUGAGCUGCAGGAACUCAUCCCCAUGGAGUACGUCCACAUCCCAGAGUGCAUCAUUAGCCUUGACGAGGAGCUGAAGGAAGCGGCGCUGAGCUCGACUGUGAGCAGCUUCCUCCAGGGACCUGAGCCGACGUCUGGGAGACCAGAGUCAAGCCAAUAAAACCAACAGGAACAGCUGCUAGACAAAGUGGUGUUCAACACCACUGGAUAUGGAUGGUUGUGGCUUCGCUUCAAAAUUGAAUUUCACAUUGUUUUAAAACACAUGAUUGUUUCGUGCACUAGAAACAAUAAAACAGAUGUACUAUUCCUGUGUGUUUGUCAGACACGGAGACUAUGAAAACACUCCAUAAUCCCUGUUAGCACUCAGACGUAGUAUCCUAUAAGACCACCAUAACAUUAAUCUAUAGCACCACUGACAGACUUUAGAUUAGCACCAGGGGUUUCUUAAUCCUGGUCUUUGGGACCCACAGGGGUGCACUGUUUUGUUUAUUCCCAGCACUAACACACCUAGUAGCACACCAAGGUCUUGAUGAUUAGCUGAAUAAUCAGGUGUGUAAGUGCUGGGUUGGAACAGAAAGUUGCCCAGGACCAGCAUUAAGAUGCUUGACACUAAAUCCACAUACCAUGAUAGUUCGUUAAGGACAGAAUUACAAUAUGGUCACUCACAGUACAGGACACACGUCCAUUCUUAGCGUCAAAGUUGUAAUGUUGUACUUUGGUAAUAAUGCAUGAGCAACAGUGAAGCAAUAAUAUCUCAUCCUUUAAAGGUAGACUCAGUGAAAUGCCGUUGCCACGAGCAGCACCGCAGAUAUUGAGAUGAGCAAGAUGGAAGACUUCACUCACACAGUAUCUGUGCAUGUGCACGCGUUCGCUUCACGGUGUCCACAGCGUGGUAGCCCCGGGACCAAAGCAGCGGGGAAGUCUACCUUUAAAUGUUAGUCCCCAUCUGGAAUUUAGACAAGUCAUUAUGUCCUUGAGACAACAGCACGUCAAUGAUGGUAUGUCAAAAUCAAUCUGACAUAUCUAUGGCAUGCUAAAACCCAGUCACCUUAGGAAACGACCAAGUUACGCUUCUCAAUCUUUUUUUAGAUCUUAUUCUGGAUCUUGACAGUGUUUUACCACUAACAUCCCUAGAUGUUUUCACGUUGAAUCAAUCUGAAGUAUAGAGGAUGAACUGUGUAACCAUAGAAAUAUAUUUCUGUGUGUAACCAAGUGAUGUGUGAAAACAAGCUGUCAGUACAUUGUGAGAGCAUGUCCUUUCAGAUGCCUGUCCUGUGAGUCGAGCGUGCCGUGUGUGUGUCCUGUCAGUGUGUGUUUCCGUCAGACUUCCUACAUGUUCACCGUCUAGGGCUCUUGCUGCACCAAACAGGAUGACCUCAGAGUGGGACAGAAAGAGCAGCGUGGGUCUCUGUAAAGCACAAUUUCACAUCCCAUGUGUGGGUGUAUGCGUGUGUGUCAAUGCAUGUUUCCUCAGAUUGAUGGCCUUCUCCAACAUUGUGUAUAACAUGAUAUGAUGGAACACUAAAUCAAUAAAUAGUUUUACGCUGA